AAAUUUCAAAUUCGUUGAUCCCCAAUUUUCUUCAUCUUGAGGACUUCUACCGCAAUGGCUAUGGCGGGAGACUCCCCCCCCGAUUUUGGAUUUCCCUACUGGGCUCCUCUCCCCCGAAGUUUCCCUCCCGAUUCCCCUUUCUUCUCCUCCGGUAAUGUCGAGCGAGAACUGCUUGCCAAACAGGUGGCAUUGGACUUGACGGAGGAUGAAAGGCAUCAACUCCAGAUGAUUGUAGAAAACGAAAGCAGAAGAAUCUCAUGUCCAAUUGUCGGCUGUGGGGAGCGGCUGAGUUCUUUGGAAAACUUUGAGGCUCACUAUCAUGCACGGCAUGCUGCAUCCUGUUCAGUAUGCACGAGGGUCUACCCUACUUCUCGUCUCCUUAGCAUCCACGUCUCCGAAACACACGACUCUUUCUUCCAAGCCAAAGUUGAUCGUGGAUAUGCUAUGUAUGAGUGUCUUGUGGAAGGGUGUGGAAUGAAAUUCAAGAACUACAAAGCCCGGCAUCAACACCUAGUUGACAAACACAAAUUUCCAACUACGUUCGAGUUCUUAAAGAAGGCCCGUCCAUCAAAGAAGCGGAGAGAGAGGCUCCAAAGCAGGCACCGAUCAAAACUGAAACAGGAUGAAGGAGAAGAAGGAACUUGUUCGCAGUCCAUGGAAGUGGAAGCCAGAGUUGACAUAGAAGGCCUAGUGUCGGCGGUGUCCAGACUCGCAACUUCAGACACCAACAUCAGCUUCGGCCGCCGACAUGGCCGUGGGCUCCCCUUUGUUCCUCGCUCCAUUCGAAGGGAAAGUGGGCCGAAAACCCCAGAGGCACCUGGGGCCACUUAAAGAAGUUUUGGGGUCCUUUUUUAGUUCUGAACGGCUACAUUUGUUCGAAGGGAUAUGUAUGAAAGUUGAUUUUGAUCGUUGUAGGAGGUUAGCACUCAUCACCGAUCAAAAUCGCAUGUUGAAGCCUUGGAAGCUGCAAAGAAAUAACAGAUUCACAUCCUUUCAACUGAGCGGUCUCGCGACGAGAUUGUAAGUCUUGUGAUUUUGUUUCACAAAAAAGUAUGAACCUAUGCCUGCUAAGUUACAGUUUAAA